AAACCCUGGAUAAACCUCUAUUGGCAGUCUUAAAGGAGGCCGUUUUGUACAGACACCACGCCAGUUUCUAACUGCAACAGAACAAGAAUAAUAAUGAACACUCCAAAUCCAGCUCACGACGACGACGACGACGAUCAAGGCGAGGUUUUCCUCGACGACUCUGAUAUAGUCGACGAAGUUACCGUCGACGAAGAAGAUCUUCCUGAUGCUGACGAUGAAGAUGAUGAUGAUGAUGGCGAUGGUAGUGAUAAUGAGGAUGGCUCUGUGCACAUAUUCACUGGUCAUACAGGUGAACUUUAUACAGCUGUCUGUAAUCCAACAGAUCCUCAGUUAGUGGCCACUGGGGGUGGGGAUGAUAGCGGUUUUCUUUGGAAGAUUGGUCAAGGAGAUUGGGUUUGCGAGCUUAAAGGUCACAAGGAUUCCGUAUCUAGUGUAGCCUUUAGUACUGAUGGAAAGUUGCUUGCAUCUAGUGGAUUGGAUGGAGUUGUUCGAAUUUGGGAUGCUUCAUCAGGAAAUCUGAAACAUGAAUUGAAUGCUGGAGGGGGAAUCGAGUGGGUCAAAUGGCAUCCGAGAGGGCAUCUCGUGUUGGCUGGUUCUGAGGACUGUAAUGCCUGGUUGUGGAAUGCUGAUAUGGGUGUUAUUCUCAAAAUGUUCUCUGGACAUGGUGGUAGUGUGACUUGUGGUGAUUUUACCCCUGAUGGCAAAACUAUAUGCACUGGUUCUGAUGAUGCAACCUUGAGGAUAUGGGAUCCAAAGAAUGAAGCAAAUGUUCGUGUUGUUAGAGGUCAUCCAUAUCAUGCUGAAGGACUGACAUGCUUGGCACUGAGUUCAGACUCUAAAUGUGCCAUUACUGGUUCCCAGGACAGUUCUGUCCACAUUGUGAAUAUAGAGACCGGGAGGGUCGUUAAUUCUCUGGUUUCUCACUCAGAUUCAAUCGAGUGCAUUGAAUUUGCACCAAGCUUCCCAUGGGCUGCAACUGGAAGCAUGGAUAAUAAGCUUAUCAUCUGGGAUCUGCAGCACUCAUUGUCUCGCUGCACAUGUGAUCAUCAGGAUGGAGUUACAUGCUUGACAUGGCUUGGUGCAUCUAAAUACGUAGCUACGGGAUGUUUAGAUGGGAAAGUAAGAAUAUGGGAUAGUCUCUCCGGCGACUGCGUAAGAACUUUCAGUGGCCACGCCGCUGCCAUUCAGUCUGUCUCCUUGUCUGCUAAUCUGGAUUUCCUUGUUUCGGCUUCAAUUGAUGGAACUGCAAGGGUGUUUGAGAUCGCAGAGUUUCGGUGAGCAAAAAAGUAGCAAAAUAUAAUAGAAUUGUAUCCAAAUAUGUCCAUGCUUAGAAAUGAAAUCAUUUUUAUGCAGUCAACUCAGCUCUCUAUUUAUAGGAUGACAUUCAAUAUAUAGGAUUGGCCACUUGUGGAACAUAGGAUGAAUGUGUUAUGUUCAUUAUUAAAUCUUAGAUACCUCAAAACAUUUUUGGUA